UUUAUAUACAUAUAUUUAUAUCGAUAGGCUCGGACAACUUCAAAAUCGAUUUAUGGGAAGAUGGGGAGGUUCCACCGCAACUAUUUAAAAACAAUUGUGAAAUUCAAUCGAAUCAGAAGCAUUCACGAAAUAUGUCCACCUUUGGAGCUGAAGUUGACCAGGUUUGGCCGGCGAUCACCGGAGAUUCCCAACCCCUGACCGAUUUUGGACGCAAACUGUUGAAGGAAUGCCGGAAGGUGAAGAAGCCCGUAGCUGGAGAGCAAGAGUUGCAAAAACUGAUGGCCAAUUCCAGCGAGUUUCCUCUGGAGUUCGGCGUGGAGAGUGUCCGCGCGAAGAGACAAUCUCCUCUGCGAUUGGGCAGGAUAAACCAGCAGGUGUCCUCCGCCUAUCCGGUGAUACAUGAACGAACUUUGGGCCUCUACCUGCAGUACCUGGAGCACAAGUGCCACUGGGGCAACUCCAUCGAAAAGCCCAUCUAUCGGCCGCUCUCCCUGUGCGGCUUUGUGCAGCGUCUACUGGACAAGCGCUGCGCCAGCUUUUUUGCACGCAACGACAAGUACCUGCUGUUGAGCGGAGAGACCGGGGCCAGUGGGUUCGAAUCCGUUGGCUCUCGAGAGGAGAAGGCACCCCUGGUGCUGGCCAAGGUGCUGAGCUACGACGACAUCAAGCUGUCCGCCCUACUCUCCGUCAGCUCAUACACCGAGUUUGUCAACGAGGGCGAGCGGACCAACUGCGGACGCGUAGACCGGGACACCAAGACUCUGCAGCAAAGCGGGAUUAUCGUGGGCAUGAUUGGAGCCCGGCUGUCACGGCGCAAUCUUAUGGAGUUCCAGGACAUUGUGAUCGCACGUCAGCAGAACACGCGGGAAAGGGGAUACGGGUUAGCGUUGGAUGAGCCUGCUUCCACGCGGGACGAGGAUUACCGCCGAAUGUGGCGCGGAUUUUAUGCCACUCGGGAUCUAAUCCACGGGGAGGCUAGCAUCGACAACCGGCGCUUCGGGCCCUCGAGGAACAAGCAGGACGUCUUUGAUAACCUGGUAAUGAAACGGCGAUACGCAGUCAGCUUCGACAUGCUGCUGUUGGAGGCGCAAGCGAGGGCCCAGACGGUCAACAGGUUGGCCUACAUACAUGUGGUGGGCUUCGGGCUUGGCGUGUGGAAGGCGGCCGCUCAGCAGGAGCGCAUUUUUCUGGAGACGUUCGAACAGCGCAUGCGCACGCUGGGCAACCGGCUAAGUCACGUGGGUCUCGUGCACUUCUCCUGGUUCUCUAUUACCGACUGCGGUGGUCUGCGCAACGGAUCGCUGGUAGAGAUCCCUGGCCAUCCAAAGGACGGCAUUAGGGUUCUCAUAUCCAAGCGAAAUCCGGCCCGGAAGCUAACUGACCCCGAGCAUGCCGAGAUGCUCCUCGUUGUAUCCUACGCCUGGGACGGUAACGCACUGCCGGGCAACGAGUUCUGGAUGAAAAUGCUGAAGUCCACUGGAGACUCCUCGACGGCUUGCUCCACCCUGGUUGCCGAACUGCACAAUCCGUACAUCAACACGGUCUUUUGUAACGGGAGCAACCUGCACAUCGCCUCGCCGCAACAUGGCGUGCUUCACAUCGCCGAAUAUGCCAAGCGGGUCAUCCGUAGUGAGAGUGACGCCUGACGAGAUACGAGGAUCUACCGACUAUCUAAUCUUAUCUAAUCGUGUAUGCUUAGCUACUGUUUUAUUCCACAAUUGCUGUAGGACAAUUUCAUGACCUUUUGACGGAAGCAUAGGAAAAUGUUUCUAAAAAAAAACAAGAUAUGGGGACCGCCCCUUUUUGACCAUCUUAAAGUUUUUUAAAACAGAAUAGAAAAUAUUGGUUUAACCAGCUUUAUAUUUGUAAAAAGUGUAAAAACAUGUGUAUAAAUGCAAUGCAAUCCGUA